AUGUCCGCUGAAACUUAUCCCAAGUGCGAACUGUCCCUGAACGACACCACAACUUACGACCCGUCAAACCCGGUUGCACUUUCAAAACCUACAAGACAAGAGAACGGUGACGUCAUGAUGGAGGUGACGGAAAACCAAUGGACGCAGGUGAGAUGUUCGUGUGAUGGAGAGGCGGCAGGAAGUUCCUCGCUGAGGUGGACCAAGGAUGGAGUUGUGGCUGCUGAUGGGAAUGAGUUGAACCUGAAGAACGUGCAGCGAUCGUCAGCUGGGACGUACAAAUGCACGUGCAAUCGGAUACUGUCUCCUACCUAUGCAGCUUCAUUCCAGGCUUCUGAUACGAAAAAACUUGUCCUCUCCGUUUUAUAUAAGCCGGGUCAGGGUCGCAUCGAUAUUCCUAAGUACAUCAUCAGCGAGGAGAGGACCACAUUCUCCUGCUUCACCGAACAGCCUGGUAACCCUCCAUGCGACUACAUCUGGUACAAGGAGGAGCAAGAAAUUUUCAGAGGUAAAGAUUACGAAUUGAAUCCAGUGAUGCUUUCGCAUGCCGGCAGUUACUCGUGUUUGCCGAUCAACAAGGUGGGGCUGGGGAGCAGGGACUCCAAGCAGGUCGUCGUCAUCGAGUACCCCAAACCGUUAAUGGGUUCUGACGAUCAGGACCUGGUCGAAAGUUCUCUAAUGCCAGCAUCAGCCGUCCAGUUGAAGUGUCAGUUUACUGGGUCACCUCCGCCAACAAUCACGUGGUACAAAGAUGGAAUCCCAAUUUCAAGUUUGGCGGAUAACGACAAGCGGUUUGAAGUAUCGCAGAAGAACGAGGUUCAAUCAGAAAGCCAUCGGUACAUCGCUACUUCCCUACUCAAGUUUUAUGGCCCAAAGAGAACAUCUCUGAAAGCUCUGGAAAGGGAAGAAUCUGGUAGUUACUCGUGUGUGGCCUCUUUCGAUUUCGUCAAAUAUGAAGUUCAGUCACACGUUUCGCUUUUCAUCAAGUUUCCUCCAGAAAUAACAAACGAUAAGAAGCAGUCAGUGGAAAUGCACAAAACUGGACGCAUCUACUUCAAAAUAAAAAGUUACCCCAAGCCUUUUGCGAUCAAGUGGUUCAAUUCCUCGAAAGAAAUGAUACAAAAUUCAUUUGCAAAUAAUGGUGGAAACCACCAGCAAAUUGAUGAAAAAUGGAAAAUUACGACGACUGAUUUUCUCGGCGAGAAAGAUGCUUACCUAACUGUCCUGGAGAUAAAAACUGUGGACGAGUUCGACCUGACAGAGUACAGUGUGCAAGUCGACAACACUGUUAGCAUCGGCACUUCCUCCGUUCAAGUCAUUGCUGCAACGAAACCCAACGCACCAAGUCAAUUAAGAAAUGUGUCCCUUGACUGGAAGUCAGUUGGGCUGGAGUGGCUUGGAGGUAACGACGGAGGCAUCAACCAGCAGUUCGUCAUCGAGGCACGCUCCCCCAAGGACAACUCUGUGAAGGCUAAGAAGAGUGUAGCCAACACAACCAGCAUCGUUUUUGAUGGUAUCGUGAAAUGUUUUCUACUUUUUGUAUUUUAUUACAAUCUCACUUAA